AUGGUCUACGUACGGCAGGAAUACCUGCCCAACCUGCGGCAAUACAAGUAUUCAGCCGUCGACCACUCGCUUCUGUCGCGCUACGUGCUGAAGCCCUUCUACACCAAUGUCGUCAUCAAGUGCUUCCCCAUGAGCAUGGCGCCAAACCUCAUCACCCUCACGGGAUUCAUGUUCGUCGUCGCCAACUUCCUGACGCUGCUGUGGUAUAACCCGACCUUGGACCAGGACUGUCCCACGUGGGUCUACUACAGUUGGGCGGCCGGGUUGUUCCUUUACCAGACCUUUGACGCGGUGGACGGGACACAAGCUCGCCGAACCCACCAAUCCGGCCCGCUCGGUGAGCUCUUCGACCAUGGCGUUGACGCGCUCAACACUUGCCUCGAAGUCCUCCUCUUCGCCGGCGCGACCAACAUGGGCCAGAGCUGGAAGACGGUCGCAACGCUCUUCGCCAGCCUGCUGACCUUCUACGUGCAGACCUGGGACGAGUACCACACCAAGACGCUCACCCUGGGCAUCGUCAACGGGCCGGUCGAGGGCAUCCUCACCGUGGUCAUCGUCUACCUCCUGACGGGCUUCUUCGGCGGCGCGUCCUUCUGGAACCAGGGAAUGCUCGCAACCGUCGGCGUCCCACAGGCGGUGGCAUCCGGCGUCACCAUCCCCGACUGCGUCUACAACCUCUCCUUCACGGAGUGGUACAUGGUGCAGGGCACGGUGGUGCUGGUGUACAACACAGUCGAGUCGGCGCGCAAUGUGAUCCGGGCGCGGCGGGCGCGGGGCGACCGGUCGCGGUACGCGCUCGUCGGGCUGGGCCCCUUCUUCGCCGCGUGGGCCUUCAUCGUCGCCUACCUGUACUUGCAGCCGACCAUCUUGCACGGGCACCUCAUCCCCUUCGCCGUCUUCGCCGGCAUGGUCAACGCCUAUUCGGUCGGCCAGAUGAUCACAGCCCACCUGGUCAAGCUGCCGUUCCCCUACUGGAACGUCAUGGUCAUCCCGCUCUCGUGCGGCGUCAUCGACUCGCUGGGCCCCGUACUGCUGCGCCACAGCCCCGUCCCCGGGCUGGGCUGGCCCUCGGCGCUGGGUGAUGGCGUGUACCAGGUCGCUUUCAUGUUCUGCAUGCUGGGCAUGGCCGUCGGUGUGUACGGCAGCUUCGUGGUGGACGUCAUCGUCACGAUAUGUGACUAUCUGGAUAUCUGGUGCCUGACCAUCAAGCAUCCUUGGGUGGAAGGCCAGGACGGUACCGCGGAUAAGAAGAAGCAGUGA